CGUUAUUGUGCUGAUGGCUUUCUUUCUUCCUCUCAUAAGAACUCGCUUCUUAUUCCAAACGGAAACGCAGGUGUAGCGCCGCUUUAUCUCCCCUGUCCAGCCUACUACUACCUAUCCCAGGGUUCUAUGCGCCGCACCUCCCUUUUCAACCCACCAGAGGAGGAUUUUACGCGCCGGUGUGGAAAGAAUAACAUCAUGUUAAAUGAGAUGUGGCGCGUCUCUUUUGUGCACCGUCUGUUACCGCCGCUGUGAAUGUGAUGCCGGGUCUUCGCCCAGCACAGAUGACCUGAACCGGGCGGCGGAGGCGGUUGCAACUACAGCACUUGUUCCAUAAAGAGAAUACUUACCGAUGACCAUGGCUGACCAGUACAAAAUGUUUCUCACCACGGCGCCCCCCCUCCGGCGUGGAAGCACACCCCUGCCUCUCAAACACCAGCUGAGGAGGGAAGAGGCCGUGUCUGAGGACUGUGAUUGGAUCCCGGACAUGGCAGAGCCUGCCACAUUGCCUAUCAGUGACACAGCGGUGCCUCGCAAUGAGUCCUUCAGCCAAUCAACAGCCGCCCAGUCGGCUUACCACAGCCACGGUGGGGCAUUGAGGAUAGUGCUACUGGGACAGAAUGGCGUGGGCAAGACAUCGCUUGCCUUAUCUCUGACCGGGCAGUCGGACAGAUCCCUCUCUAUAGACUCUGAGACCCAAGCAUGUGGUGAGGGCUACGAGAGCUCAGUCACAGUCGACGACGAGGACAGCAAAGUCAUAGUUUUUGACAACUGGAAACAGGACCUGUCCACUCUACAGUGUGAUGUGUGUAUCCUGGUCUUCUCGGUGACUGACAGGCGAAGUUUCCACCGCACCGCCCAGCUCCGCCUCCUCCUCAGGGAGUCCCAGCCACACACACCAAUCAUCCUGGUUGGCAACAAGAGCGACCUUGUCCGCUCCCGUGAAAUCAGCUCAGAGGAGGCCCAAUCCAGUGCCAUGAUGUUCGACUGCCUCUACAUGGAGCUCUCAGCCUCCCUGGACCACGGUACCAACGAGCUGUUGGAGGCCGCAGUUCGGACUGCGAGGGGCGACUGCGUGGGCCCCGGGUGGACCGACGGCGAGCCCGGGGCGGGCCGCAGGGAGAGCCUGACCAGCCGGGCCAAGCGCUUCCUGUCAGGGCUGGUAUCGUAUGGUCGAGAGCGGGACCGCGAUCGGGGACGCUACAGGGAGAUGAGCCGCCACCGGGGCAGCAAGAUCCUCCGCCAGAAGUCUCGCUCCUGCCACGACCUCAGUGCACUGUGAUACACACGCAUACACACUCCCACAUAUGUACACACACACACACACACACACACACACACACACACACACCAGAUUAAAUGACGUGGAGGAGAACAAGAGGGUAAAAUGGAAGAUAGUAGGGAGGAGCAGAUGAGCAUUGGCAGAUUAAGGUCAGAAAAGGAGAGAAGGGAGAGAAAGAAAGAGAAAAAGUUGGAUAGCCUAGAUAGAGCCGAAAUCAGCCUGGGUCGCAGCACUGAACCUUUAUCUUCUACCUAUCAGUGAAACCAACUUUGAAAGAGAAAGAGGCCAGGUUGGAGAGAACAACAGAUAAACAGAUAAUGAAGCGAGCUUGAUUUGCUGCUCCAGUCUGGGUGAAUCAGCGAGCACUUAUUACCUGAUUAGACGAAGAGAGAGAAAAUUUGUAACAGUGGAGAGAGUCACAUCAAGAUGCUGAUUGGACACUAACUGUGGCGAAACGGGAGGGGGGUCACAAAUAAACACACACCCAAGUAGCACCCACUGAUUAUGUAGAGACUGAUAGCGAUCUAAUGUAUAUCUAUUGUGAACCCUGUUUUAUAGCAUGCCGAGUAGACAAUCUAAGACAUGACCCUGUAGGAUUUACAGUUCCAUGACACUGGAUUGACGGUACCUCAGUAGCCAAUAGCUAAUGCACAAUCCAGCUAGUGUCUCUAGCAAUGCCAUCUCAAAGGCAAGACCCUUUAUUUAUAUGGAAAAAAAAAUGCUUCUAGUGUGAGCAUUUUGUAGCCACACUCUUCACAGUGCAUCCACCUUUGUGUCCUGUACUGAUUUUGAAGUGUUUGAUGAUACCACCAAUGGCAUACGUUCAUCUGUGAUUUUUAUACAAGGCUAAAAACAUCAGCGCCCAAGCCAUAUUUCCGCUGAAUGCCUCAUGAGCGAUCAGCACAAAGAACCCUUUACCGAAGGAUGUGGAGUGAAAGUAAAAAGGUCAAAGUGGCUAUGAGGAACUAGACGUGCAGACUGAACUUUUCUUCAAUAGACGCUGAGUCACAGAACACAGGGAUGUUCUUGAAGCACAGGAGGACAAACAAGAGAAAACCUAAUCUACCUUUGAUGUUUUUCAUUUUUUUCUCUUUUUACCCGCUGGCAUUAUUAUGUAUGUUGAGACUGAAUACUGUGGGGGGCUGACCACAAAGGUGACCCAAAAGAGAACGUUCUGGAAACGUUUGGAUAUCUCAUCAAGCGUGGCAGCAUCACUGACACAAGCUCACUUGUUUGUCACAGUAUACUAAGCACUCUCGUCUUUCCAGUGAGAAUAAAUUCAUUUUUGUUUGACAUCCUGAA